CGGCGGCAGCAGCAGCAGCAGCAGCGGCUCCGCUUUUGGUGUUGUUUGUGUUGUUGUUGUUGGAUUAUUUUUUUUUUAAAAAAGAAUGGCUUCGAAGUUCCACAACCGAACUGGGUCUUUGGUAGUAUUAUGUAACGGUAAUAGAACGGCCAAAAGAAACAAUCCGACACAAGAGUUCAGCAAUGCUGUUGUGUUGAGCAGCGAGCCACUCCGCGACAAUCAGCUCUUCGAGGUUCGCAUCGACAAAUUGGUUUACGCAUGGAGUGGUUCAAUAGAAAUGGGUGUUACUACCUGUGAUCCUACAACAUUAAAUUUUCCAGUCAGUGCUUCAUCAUUUCGUGAAGGAACAUGGGUUAUGUCUGGCAACAGCAUUCUGAAAAAUGGCCACUCAUUAAACGAAGAAUAUGGCUGUGAUUUGGACAUUCUUUCAGAAGGAGACCGCAUUGGAGUGCUGCGUACUGAUUAUGGUGCUCUGCAUUUCUUCAUCAAUGAUGUAGACCAUGGCCCAGCAGCUACCGGCAUUCCAAACAAAGUGUAUGCAGUUGUGGACAUGUAUGGAAAAUGUGCUCAAGUUACUAUAAUGGAUGAAAGCAUCAGACAAAACGCCUUCAAUAGCAAUAUCGUUAAUGAAAUUGCCAAUGAAUAUUUGGCAGUGUUAUCUAAUCAAGUCGCCAGUAAUUUAAGUCAAGCCACUGGCAACAGUUCAGCAGUUGUUAUGGAGCCAAACUUCAACAGUGCACUUAACGACAAUGCCAGCACAACAUCAAACAACGUACCUGUGUCGGUGAACCUUUUGAUAGGAGGAGCGGGUGGGGGAGGAGGAGGAGCUAGCAGCAACGGCGGCGGCGGUGGUGGUAGUGGCAGUAGCAGUGGUGGUGGUAAUAGUGCAGCCGGUGCUGCUGGUAGCAGUGGAAACAAUAAUGGAAAUGGGGGUGGUGCUGGUGGAGGAGGAGGAGGGGGAGCGGGUGGAGGAGGAGGAGGAGGAGAUGCUCAGACUUUACGUUCCAAUGAAAGAUUAGUGUUCCAUGAAAAGUGCGGUGGACUUGUGAAGUUGACCAAUGGCAGACGAACAGCAGAAAGAACAAGACCGUUGGACGAGUUCAACAAUGGUGUGGUUAUGACAAACAGACCAAUAAAAGAUGAUGAAAUUUUUGAGAUUCGACUUGAUGAACUUGUAGAUAAAUGGUCUGGUUCCAUAGAAGUUGGUGUUACAACCCAUAAUCCUACAUUAUUAGAUUUUCCUCCAACUAUGACAAAUAUGAGAUCAGGAACAAUAAUGAUGAGUGGCUGUGGCAUCCUCACCAAUGGGAAAGGAACUAGAAGGGAGUAUGGAGAAUUCAACCUUGAUGAUCUUGCUGUGGGUGACAGGAUAGGAUUGGUGCGGAAAUCUAAUGGAUCCCUUCAUUACUUUAUCAAUGGUAUGGAUCAGGGGAUAGCUGCAACGGAUGUCACGCCCACAGUAUGGGGUGUGGUGGAUCUUUAUGGCAUGGCUGUCAAGGUUACUAUUAUAGAUAGCAGUCCAGUAAGAACUCCCGUUUGUAACAAUGAAUGUGUUCCCAUGCAGUUGGCUAACAUGGAGGCAGUUUCGACUCCAGACUCAGCUGCUGCUGCCACUGUUACUGACCAAAGAAGAAACAACUCAUUCCAGUUUUAUUCAGACGAUCCUGAUAUUAUUGAAGAGCAAGGAGAUAAAUUAUUGUUUCAUCCAUAUUGUGGAUUCCAUGCUUCAGUAAUCAAUGGACAAAAGACGGCAUUUCGACCCAAUGCUCAUGAAGACUUCAAUUAUGGGGUAGUUUUGACUAAUCGUCCACUAAAACCUAAUGAGUUAUUUGAAGUACGCAUUGACAAGAUGAUAGAUAAAUGGGCCGGUUCCAUUGAGAUUGGAGUCACUACACAUUCACCGACCAGUCUGGAGUUUCCUCCAACGAUGACCAACGUUCGCUCUGGUACAUGGAUGAUGACUUCAAACGGGGUGAUGCACAAUGGAACAACUGUGAUGGAUGAAUAUGGACAAAGCUUGGACAGACUCAAGAUUAAGGACCAUGUUGGUGUGAUGCGAAAAAGUGAUGGUUCCUUACAUUUUUUCGUAAACCAUGUUGACCAAGGUAUGGCAGCCACUAAUGUUCCUGAGAAUGUGUACGGAGUAAUAGAUUUGUAUGGUCAGGCAGCAGAGGCUACUAUUGUUGACCAGUCUGAAACGUUAAGUUCUCCGGAAAUGGAUUCUAGUAUUGCCACUGAUGGCGAUGAAUUACGCUUUCAUAACUUCCAUGGCAAUAAUGCUACUGUGAUGAACAACGGCAAGACAGCUGCCAGACCAAAUGCUGCUGGAGAAUUCAAUGAUGCCAUUGUCAUGAGUAACCGUCCAUUGAAAGACAGUGAAUUAUUUGAAGUGGUCAUUGAGAGAAUGGUAGAUAGAUGGUCUGGAUCAAUUGAAGCAGUGUUACCUUUGCUUAUAGGUGUGACCUUGAUAAAGCCUGAAGAGUUAAAGUUUCCUGCUACUAUGACUGACAUUGAAUAUGAUACAUGGAUGUUGAGUGGUUCUGCCAUCAUGCAGGAUGGUACUACUAUACGUAACGGUUACCCUCUUGAUUUGGAUUGUGUCUCUGUUGGAUCUCGAAUCGGAAUGAUGCGUACACCUGAAGGAAAUUUACAUUAUUAUUUAAAUGGAGUAGAUCAAGGUGUAGUGUGCAGAGAUUUACCUUCAGGUCUUUAUGCUGUGAUAGAUUUAUAUGGUCAGUGUGCUCAAGUUACAAUAACAUCUGGCUUUAACUCUCUUCCAACCGACAACAAUAUCACUAGUGUUGAAAUGGAUCAGUCAUUAGCUUUGCCUGUCAGUACAGAAGUUUGUCAUCGCUUCAGCCAGUGUUGUGGUAAAAACGUAGUCAUUAAACAGAAUGGUAACAUAGCUUGCCGUACAAGGAACUUUAAGAAUGCCCUGGUAUUUAGUUCUGAUCCCCUUAGAUAUGAUGAACUAUUUGAGGUGAAAAUUGAGCAGCUGUCGUUGUUGUGGUCAGGUUCGUUACAGCUUGGUUUAACCACUUUAUCAAUUACUGACACUACAACGCAAAAUUUAUUGCCGGAAUCUAUUGAGGGAUUAACUUCUAAACCCACUUGGGUGGUGAGUGGAUCUGAUGUUAAGAAAAAUGGUGUUGUUAUCAGGGAAAAUUAUGUUCCAUCUCUUGAUAGGCUGCAGGUUGAAAAUGUUAUCGGAGUAAAGAGAUGUAGUGAUGGAACCAUGCACAUCUAUAUUAAUGGAGAAGAUAUGGGUGUUGCAGCCUCAAACAUUCCGAAAAAUGUGUUUGCUGUGAUAGACUUGUACGGUCAAACUGAAAGUGUUUCUGUUGUAAGCAGAGCAUUGACAGAAAGUAAUUCCAGUUGUAUACCAACCCCUGCAUCACUGCCGCCUGCGGUUGGGAAGUGCCCUUGUGAGGUGGAUGGAGACCAAGAUCAAGACACUGCUGAGGCAUUGAAUUUAGAUUUCCAUUCAAACCAUGGCAAAAAUGUGACAUUAUCUAAUCAAAACAUGUCUGCCCAUCGUACCACCAGUUACAACCAUGCGAUUGUCGUUACUCGAAGACCAUUGACACGUAACUAUCUACUACAGAUUAAAAUUGAUAAAAUAAAUGCCAAAUGGACAUCAUCACUGAUGAUAGGUAUCCUGGGAUGUAAUCCUGAUCGAUUUAACUUUCCUGUAACAGCUAUCAGCAUCAAAAAGUCUUCUGUCGUCAUCCACACUGAUUCUGUUUUUGUUUGUGGAACAAAAGUGAAGCAAUGUUAUGGCCCUAAUCUUGAUACUCUGCAGUGUGGACAUAUAGUUGGUAUAUUAAUUGAUGACGAUAACUGUUUGCACUUAUACGUGAAUGGUUUGGACCAAGGCAUUGCUGCCAGGGACAUACCUAAUCCUUGCUAUGGUCUCAUUGACCUUUAUGGACAGUGUGAACAAAUUAGUCUCAUAACUGACCAGAAUAAUAGUUCAUCUAUUGUGUACCAAGACGAUAGAGAAAAGGCAGAUCUUGAAGAUGUGGUAAAAGAGAAACUGACCAGAAUCCCAUAUGAACCCGCUAUCAUAUGUAACUGUGAAUACCAGAACAUAUGUUCCAGGCUCCUUGCUAUAUUAGCAAUCCCAGAUGGUUAUUUCAGUAAGCAGUAUAAUAUGUGUUAUUGUGAAACUUGUCAUAAAAUACGUGGAGAUGAAUUGUACUAUAAACGAGGUGAUCCACCAAAGGAAUAUGCCGUACCUUGUGGCUGGUGCCGUUUUUCACUCAAGACACCUUGUAAAUCUCACAAUUUGAACAUGUUUGAAAAAUGGCAUGCGGCAUUUUAUGGAACCCGUUUGGAAGCAGUUCGGAAAAUAUUAGAUUGCGGUGAUUUACACUUAUCAUCUGAAAUAUUAUCAGGUAACAACAUCCUGUUGGCUCAGUCUUUCCAUUACUCAGAGAAAACUAAGCCUGACGAUUCAUUAAGUCGACAACUCUUUCUUUCACCAACAAUUCGUUAUGCAGGAUCUAAAUACUUCUCAUCUAGACACAAAUUCAUAGAUCCUAAAACUAAAAAGUCUCAUCAAGCACAAGUAGCAUUCCAAGUGUGGGUAAAACCAUCCUCAUACAAAGUUGGUCCAUCAUCAAUAGGUUCCAAUGAGCAAUUUGAUCCAAGAUUCAGCAAUAAUGAAAUUGAAUGGAGUACCAAAGAGCGAGGUUCAAUAAUGCUUGCAUCACUGUUAAUUAAAGUUGAAUAGGUUCAAACUUGUGUAGAUAGAAAAAGAGAAAGAGAAGCUAACAUGUGAAGAAAACCCCAACUUGCAAAAUUCCCAUCAUCACAUAUCCUCACACACACAUUUCACAAAAGAUACAUGGUAGCUCAAAUAAUAAAUAACAAAUUCUGGAAAAGAAAGAUACACAAACACUGUUUCAAUUAUCAUUGACAUUAGCAAAACGUUUUACUCGAUUACCCACUUUCCACAGGCUACAUGUGGAGAAAGAAAAAAAAAAAGAACAUAAAAUACUGGCUGCCUAUUAAACUAUUUCUCAGGUUGCCAAGCCUUUGUGGAAUACAAAUAUAUAAUUUUUAAUUUCCCGAAUGGAGUAACACAAGGAUCCGUCCUCUCAGCCUCUCUUUUUAACAUGUAUCUACACAACCUUCCAACACCUCCUCAAAGCAUACACACUGCCUCAUGCAUAGUCGAUAUCACACGCGCGCGCACACACACACACACACACACACACAUGCACACUGAAAUCUUUCCUGCAUUCGACAUCCAUAGUGCACAACUGAAACACUUCAUCAAGUCACCUAGAAUCCUAUUUCCAAAGCAACACACAACACCUGAAGUGAUCCCAUCUCCCUUUUUACUUUACAUGAAUUACACAUUCACAACCCACCAUCACACUCAACAACAUACGAGACAUACAAGACAAAACUACAAGGACUUGCACGCAGCACUCUCACAAUAUUCACAAAACACGUAGAAGACAGUUUAAAACAAGCAAAACAAUACACAUAGAUAUUUUAGAGAAAUCACAGGUAACACAUUUGGCCAACAGAAAGAAUCAAUAACAAUUGUGUACAAAUAACAUAUUUAAUCCAUAAUGGAUUAUGCCAAUUGUGCCUGGGUCCCCAACAUUCUCACCACAAACUACAACAAACUACUACAUUCUGUCUUUUCACAAGUUGCACAUAGACCACACCCACACACUGUCUACACAAUGAAACAAAAAUAUUACUAAAUAUUAAUAUAUGUGAAGGACGCCAUCUCUGGUCAUUGUAUCUACAAUCACACUCCCACCCCCAACACAUACAUCAAUAACAUUGUGCUAACUCUUUCACUCACAUAAAAACCAUGCACCUACACACACACACACACACACAUAGAUGUCUGCAACAUCAGUACCUUUUAUUAACUCUAAAACUCUGUGCUGGGAUGCACACCAGAAGUACAGCAACUGCUGCACUGUGACCAAAUCCACCCUUGCCCACCUUUACUGUAGCCACCACCAAAUUGGAUUAAUAGAUGUCUGGUCAGACUGCAGCACCUCCUAUAAUUAACCAUUGCAUGUCUGACCGUACAGUUUGGUCCUCAGAUAGUGGUAUUAUGAGAUAAUCGAGAACAAUAAUUCUGAGGAAUUCCACCUAAUUGUUUGGCUGACUACUUACAUGGCAUUAAUCUCUGCUGAGAGAUCAGUGUCGAUCUGAGUCUACAUAACAAUAUCAACAACUCCUCAAGGGUUGUGGAAACGGUAAAAUUUGAUCCAGUAGGAUUUGAACUCAGAAAAAUACUUAAUACCACGUGGCAUUUUGUCCGGUGCUCCACCGAUUCUAAUUCUGUUACUCCACCUUCUUAAUCAAUAAAAUUAUAGAAUUUGUUUAGAUUAUGGACCAAUAUUUAGUCAUUGAUUAAUUUUAAUUUCAAUUUUUUAUUCUUUAUUAAACUGCUAAGAUGGUAGUUUAGUCAUAAAUUAUUUAUUUAUUUAUUAUUAUUAUUAUUAUUAUUAUUAAUUAAUUGACUUGGUGAAACCUGUGCUUGUUAAUUUUCUAAUUCAGUGACUUACAAAGAAAACAAAAGCAAGAAAAACAAAUUUAUUAUUUGUUUAAUAUUGUUGAUUAUACCUCACUGUUGUUUUGUUGGGUUUUUUUUGUUUGUUUUGUUUUUAAACAGAAGACUGAUAUCCCUCUUCGCAUCUCUCCAUGUUUCAUCCGUUUUUAGGAAGAUAAACUUUCACUGUUUUGUUACAAAUCUUCCCCCUCCCAGCUUCAACUUUCUAUCUUAAUAAUUCCAUUGUUUCCUUUAUUUUAUUCCAUUUAUUUAUUUAUUUAAUUUAUUUCACUUUUACAUCUAAAUUAAAAAAGAAUGUAAAGAUUUAUUCUACAAAAAUUAAACCACCCACCCCCAUUAAAAAAGACUCUGACAAUAUUUAAAAUUCCAUUCUACUGAAUGGAAAGUUCAUUACUAUUAAAAUGUAAAUCCAAAAAUUUGAAGAAUAUUGCUAAUAUUGGUUGACUAGGACAACUAAAAAACGGUGUUAUGUCACCUCAACUUUUGCAGAAUAUAAUUAAUUUGGUUGAGGGGUGGCAGCUAUACCUCUAAUUA